AAAGAAGAGAAACAAGAGCUUCUUACUCAGUGGGAUUAAUUUUUUUCCACCACUCAUUUUUCUCCUCAAAGGUACACUCAUCUCUAUUUCACCUUUUUUCCUCUAAUUAUGUUAAAAAUUUAUCAACCCAAGUGAGUAAAUUACUGCUAAGGUGCUAAUUUGGUCAUGGCUGCUAUAAAGUUUGCAUCUUUAGUUGAAUCAAAUGAUGCCCAGAAGCUUAGUUUUAGUGGGUAUGUACAUACAGCUUCCGUCUUUGUGGUGAUUCCCUUUAGUAAGCUCAAGAGCAUUAGGGUUUCUAGAUUAGAUAAUGUUGAAUUGUCUGACCCAGUUCUUGAAAAAGCCUCGAAAUUUAGUAGUGAAUUUAAGAAGGGUAAGAGGAAUAUUUGGAUGAGGUUUCGGAGUUUGAGUAAGGUUAAAGAAUUGACUAGUGAUGGAAGAAAUGAGGCGAAGGGCAAGAAUGGGGAGACGGGUGUUUUGUUAUGUGAUAAAGAUUUGAGUGAUGGUGGGAAUUCAUUGGAUUUUUUUGGUGGUGAUGUUGAUCGUGAUUUGAGCGUUGAGCGGUGUAAUGUUAUGUUGGAGGGUUAUGAGAGGAUUAGUGAUGGUAAAGCAAUGGAGUUUUUUAGGUGGAUGAGAAGUAAGGGGAAGUUGAAGCGGAAUGUUAAGGCGUAUAAGGUAGCGCUUCGUGUGUUGGGGAGGCGACAGGAUUGGGAUGGGGCGGAGAUUAUGAUAAGGGAGAUGGUUAGUGAAUCAGGGUGUGAACUUAACUUUCAGGUUUUUAAUACUGUGAUUUAUGCUUGUAACAAGCAAGGGUUUGCUGAGAUUGGUGGGAAGUGGUUUCGUAUGAUGUUGGACAUGGGAGUUCGGCCUAAUGUGGCAACAAUUGGUAUGCUCAUGAGUCUUUACCAGAAGGGGUUGGUGGUUCAGGAGGCAGAGUUUACUUUUUCACAGAUGAGGAAUUUUCGGAUUAUGUGUCAAAGUGCAUACUCUGCCAUGAUUACUAUAUAUACGCGUUUACGCUUGCAUGAGAAGGCAGAAGAAGUAAUUGGACUAUUGAAAGAGGAUAAGGUAAUAAUGAACAAGGAGAACUGGUUGGUUCUGAUUAAUGCGUAUUGUCAGCAAGGGAAGUUAGAAAAAGCUGAGCUAGCAUUGAUUUCAAUGCAUGACGCUGGAUUCCCCCCACAUAUUGUUGCAUACAACACAAUGGUCACGGGGUAUGGGAAAGUUUUCAAGAUGGAAGCUGCUCAGUCAAUAUUCCAGAACCUUGAAAAGGUUGGAUUGAAACCUGAUGAAACAACCUACAGGUCUAUGAUAGAAGGUUGGGGUCGGAUGGACAACUACAAGGAGGCAGAGUGGUAUUAUCAGGAACUUAAACGUUUGGGAUUUAGUCCAAACUCAUCCAACUUGUAUACGAUGAUUAAUUUGCAAGCUGAGCACGGGGAUAAAGACGGUGCAGUCAGAACCCUUAACGAAAUGAUAGCUAUGGACUGCCAGUAUCCUUCUGUCCUUGGCAUUCUUAUACAAGCAUAUGAGAGAGCUGGGAAGUUUGAUCAAGUGCCUUCUGUAGUGACAGGAUUAUUCUACGAACAUGUCCUUAUUAAUCAGACAUCGUGCUCCAUUCUGGUAAUGGCCUACGUGAAACACAGGUUAGUAUCUGAUGCAGUGAAAGUUCUGCAAAACAAGCGGUGGAAGGAUCACAUAUUUGAGGACAAUCUGUACCAUUUAUUAAUUUGUUCGUGCAAGGAGUUUGGUCAUCUUGAGGAUGCUAUUAAGCUUUAUGGUAGUAUGCGAAACUCUUCAAAGCCUAAUUUGCACAUACUGUCCACGAUGAUCGACAUUUACACUGUUAUGAAUCAAUUCAAGGAGGCUGAAAACCUUUACAUUAAGUUAAAGUCAUCGGGUGUUGCCUUGGAUAUGAUAGCCUUUAGCAUUGUUGUAAGAAUGUACGUGAAAUCAGGAUCUUUAAAGGACGCCUGCUCAGUUCUUGAAAUAAUAGAUAAUAGAUCAGACAUUGUCCCAGAUGCUUAUUUGCUCCGAGAUAUGCUGCGUAUUUAUCAACGACUUGACAUGCGUGAUAACUUGUCAGGCCUGUAUUACAAAAUCUUGAAAACUGGAAUCCCGCUGGAUCAAGAGAUGUACAACUGCCUAAUUAAUUGUUGUGCUCGAGCAUUGCCAGUUGAUGAACUCACCAGAAUAUUUGAUGAGAUGCUCCAGCAUGGCUUUGAACCUAACACCAUUACAUUCAAUGUGAUGCUCGAUGUCUAUGGUAAGUGUAGACUUUUUAGAAAGGUUGGAAGGAUUUAUAGGCUAGCUAAAAGAAGAGGUCUGCUUGAUGUGGUAUCUUACAAUACAAUUGUAGCUUCAUAUGGUAAAGGUAAAGACUUGAGGAAUAUGUCGUCAACCAUUGGAAAAAUGCAAUUCAAUGGUUUCUCAGUUUCUCUUGAAGCAUAUAAUUGUAUGUUGGACGCCUAUGGAAAAGAAGGAGAAAUGGAGAAGUUUAAAGAUGUAUUGCAACGAAUGAAGGAAUCAUGUUGUGCUUCUGAUCACUAUACGUAUAAUAUUAUGAUUAAUAUCUAUGGGGAGAAAGGGUGGAUUGAAGAAGUUUCUGACGUACUUGCUGAAUUGAAAGAAUCAGGACUAGGACCCGAUUUGUGCAGUUAUAAUACAUUGAUAAAGGCAUAUGGAAUUGCUGGAAUGGUUGACGAGGCAGUGUCUAUGGUUAAAGAAAUGAGGGAAAAUGGAAUAGAACCUGAUAAGGCGACAUAUGCCAACCUUGUAACUGCUCUUCGAAAUAAUGACAUGUUUCUGGAGGCUGUUAAGUGGUCCUUGUGGAUGAAGCAGAUGGGUUUCUGAGGUAAAGAUGAAAUAAGUUCUUGAGCAUAUAGAGUUGAGAUUUUUUCGCCUCCUAAGUCUGGACAUAGUCCUACUUCUACAUCUGUGUACAUUGUCUUCUGUGGUAAAUCCUUCAGUUCAUAUGACCUAGUUUUUUCUUCACUGUAAAAUACAACAGAAUCUCAGAUUAUGACUAUACAAGCCUUGGAACUAAAGUUUGCAUCUUUAAAGUAUCAAGGUAUGUUGUACAGAGUCAUUUUUAAGAUACAGAUUUUGUAUGUUAUGUAUAGCUAAGUGAGUUUAGUCAUCCUAUAUACCAAGAGAAAGCUAUCGAAGUCUUCAGUA